GCGCACGCGCAGUGAGGGCGGGGCGGGGCUGGCCGCCGCCGGUUGUUGUAGUAACGGGGAAGCGGCGGGAGUGGCCACCGGAUCGGGCUGCGCCGAUGGGGCUAUGAAGAAGCGGGUAACAGCUGCUGUCAGAUCCCUAGGAUCUGUAGGAGGGAUCUCUGAGGCCGCCGAGCCGGCUGCAUGAGAGCGGCCGGAGGAGAUGCCGGCGGGUGUGGCUCGGGGUCUGGAGGAAAGCGGCUCGUCCUCGGAAGAGGAGGAAGAGGAGGAAGAUGCUGGAGACGGGCUGCAGGAUCAUCCGUGCAUCAGGUGGACCGGUGGCGGCUGCAGGCGGAUCCCCAUCUUUGUGUUUCAUGCUGAUGCCAUUCUGACAAACGACAGCUACCUCCGCCUAAUUGGAGAGCGUUAUCACUUGUCCUAUAAGAUUGUGCGAACGGACAGCCGCCUCGUGCGAAGCAUACUGACUGCACAUGGAUUCCAUGAGGUGCACCCUAAUAGCAGUGAUUAUAAUCUCAUGUGGACAGGAUCACACUUGAAGCCCUACCUGCUGCGUUCCCUUACAGAUAUUCAGAAAGUGAAUCAUUUUCCCAGGUCAUAUGAGCUGACACGAAAGGACAGGCUUUACAAGAAUGUCAGUCGUAUGCAGCUGUCCCAUGGAUUCAAGACGUUCCAUAUCUUACCUCAGACCUUUAUCCUCCCAGCAGAGUACCAGGAGUUCUGCAGUACCUAUUCUAAGGACAAAGGCCCAUGGAUAGUGAAGCCUGUGGCCUCUUCCAGGGGUCGAGGUGUCUACCUGAUAAACAAUCCAAAUCAGAUUGUACUGGAAGACAACAUCCUGGUUUCUCGUUACAUCAGCAACCCCCUGCUCAUAGAUGAUUUCAAAUUUGAUGUGCGCCUGUAUGUUCUGGUUACAUCCUAUGAUCCACUUGUCAUCUAUCUCUAUGAGGAAGGAUUGGCCAGGUUUGCAACUGUGAGGUAUGACCAGGCAUCGAAGAACAUUAAAAACCAAUUUAUGCAUCUGACCAACUACAGUGUCAACAAGAAGAGUGGAGAUUAUGUCAGCUGUGAUGAUCCUGAAGUGGAAGAUUAUGGAAAUAAGUGGAGCAUGAGCGCAAUGCUGAGGUACUUAAAACAAGAGGGGAGAGACACUGCAGCACUGAUGGCCAGUGUGGAAGACCUGAUUAUCAAGACUGUAGUAUCUGCUGAGCAGGCCAUAGCUACAGCUUGUAAAACUUUUCUUUCACAUCGUGGCAGCUGCUUUGAGCUGUAUGGAUUUGAUGUCCUUAUUGAUGAUACUCUCAAGCCCUGGCUGUUGGAAGUGAACCUAUCUCCAUCACUGGCCUGUGAUGCACCUUUGGACCUCAAGAUCAAAGCAAGCAUGCUCUCAGAUAUGUUCACCCUUGUAGGCUUUGUAUGUCAAGAUCCAGGCCAGCGAUCAAGCCGGACUGCUUAUCACUCAUCAGAGUCUGUCAGGAGAAACCCAUACCAGAAGCUGCAGCGUCCUGUGUCUGCACAAUGCCAACCAACAAACACCAGACUGCGUACCCGUCCUCUUUCUGCCAGUGAUGCUGAAAUGAAAAACUUCAUGCCCUCAGGGAGAGAAAAAGCAACAGGAAGGCAAGGAAGCUCUAUGCUGGGUCUCUCCAUGGAAGAGAUAAAAGUUCUUCGUCGAGUGAGAGAUGAGAAUGAACGGAGAGGAGGUUUCAUCCGCAUAUUUCCUACCCCAUUGACAUGGGACCUGUAUGGAUCCUUUUUAGAGUACAAGACAUCAAUGAACUACAUGCUGGCUACACGUCUGUUUCAAGACAGGGACAAGACGAAAGGAGACUUUUUCACUGGAAGAUCUAGACAAGAUCUUAAUGGGAGGCCGGAUAUGAAUCUGGAAGCUGUAGACUCUCAUUCUCUCUUUUAUGAGAGAAAGCUUGUUUCACUGGAGUUAAGGAAGCACCGGCGAUGUCGUACCAAAGCUAGAGCAGCACAAACAAGGUUAUCAGGGACAUCACAGCCAACAAAGUUGUCCCUCACGGACACAGAAGGUGAAGAGGAAGAGGGGGUGGCAGAUGAAAAUGAAGAACAAAGUGGAACUCUUGGCUCCCUUUCAAACAGGCAAUUGAAAAGCAAGCCAAAGCUCUCUGACCUGGAGAAAACUUCUAGUAAGGAGAUAUUGACAGAAAAACUUGACAAGAAAACAAGAAAUGAAGGAGGGCCAUUUCUUGAAAAGACAGACUCAAAGUCUCAGUUUAACUUGCUGCAGAUUCUUAAAAAAAAUGGAAAUCUAAGCAAAGUGCAGGCCCGUAGGGCUUUCUCUGCCUAUCUACAGCAUGUUCAGCUGCGACUGAUGAAGGAUGCUGGUGACCAGUUCCAGAAUGCUGCCUGGGCUGCAAAAGAAGAUGAGCAAAUGGAGCUCGUAGUACACUUUCUGAAGCGAGCUGCCAGCAAUCUUCAGAAGUCCUUGAGGAUGCUGCUUCCCAGCCGUCAUUUAAGACUAAAUGAUCGUCGUCGUAUCCUGGCUCACCAGUUGGGCGAGUUCAUAAUCUGUUAUAACAAGGAAACAGAACAGAUGAUUCAGAAGCGAUCAAAAAAGAAGCAGGAAGAGGAAGAGGAGGGAGUGAAUCCUGAAGGUUUUCAGAACUUUAUUACCAGAGCAAGUGAGAGAGACUUGGAGGAAGUGCUGACAUUUUACACACAAAAAAGUAAGUCAGCAAGUGUCUUCCUAGGAACAAACUCCGGGACCACAAAACCCAGGAACACCAGUAACCAGUCAGAGAAUCAGCCUCAGGAGGACCACCUUGAGGUGAUGAAAAAAAUAAAAGGUGAUCAACCCAAAGGUUCAGUUGCAGAUCUGCCUGUAGAAGGAAGAGUAAGAGACUGUAAACCCAAAGAAGUGAAAUCAACCUAUCCAGAAAGAUCCACCUUCUCCUUAAAUGCUGAAGUGAAAUUACCUCGGUGCUGCCCUCCUAGUGCUGCUUCCUCUGCUUCUGGUGCCACGUUCCGGAGAAGUACCAGUUCCCAGUUACCAUCUCAACCUGCAGUCUCUGGAAAUCCACAGGUGCCUGGUCACUGUUCAUUGCCGACUCCUCCAAGUGGUCUAAGGAUAAUUCAUUCCUCAUCUUCUCUACCUUUGUCCCAGAGCCAGAGCACAGCCACUGACUGCUCUUCUGUCUUCACAAACCCAAUGUCCAGUGAGGCUUCUAGCCUUGCAGGGUUACAUCGUUGUUCUGGUAGCUACACCAUUGGCCCACUCUCAUCUUUUCAGAGAGCUGCUCAGAUCUACAGCCAAAGACUGUCCCGAUCAACCUCUGCAAAAGCAGGUAUGCGCCACCGCAGUCCAAGUGGGCAGCGUGUGAGUUCUGCCAUGAUGAACAAAGGUACAGAAGAUGCUCCUUCCCUGGGCAAACGUUACAGCCCCAGUAUGGUAGCAGCAGAACUGCAGCAGCUGGCAGAAAAACAAUCAGCUUGUCAGUAUUCCCCACCAAGCCACAUCAGUCUCCUUACACAGCAGUUAACAAGCUUGAACUUAGCAAGUGGAGCUGUAGGCAAGGGGAAUGCAGCUGUGCCCCCAGGCUACCGAUCAGUGCUCAACAGAAAAGGGCCAUUGUGGGCUGUUCAGUCAGACUCUCUUACAGAUGACAGAAGAUGCAUCUCUUCAGCAGUCAGGGCUCCAGAGAGUGAUCGUUUUGCCUGGGAACGGGAGGUGGAGAACAAUGUCUACAGCAAAGUGACACGGAGUCCACUGGCACACCCCAACUAUCAGCUGAAUUUAGCCGUGCAGCAACUUCAGCAGCAAAAACUUCAGUCACGACAGCUAUUGGAGCAAAGCCAAGCCCGACACCAGGCUCUCUUUGCCAGCUACUCGCAAUCCAGCACCAGCCAUGUGCCUAUGUCGCCUGGCUCUGGUGCACACAAGACAUCAAGUGCCACUUCAGGUAUCCAGAAGGCAGCCAGUUUGCACAAAGUGGUGCCAUCCCAGUGUACGCCUUCUCAGCUGGUUCCAAAGCCUCCAGCAAACCACAGACAGGCAGUGGUCAGAAAAACUGCAGCCCAGAGGAUUUCCAAGGUGACCUCCGUUGAAAGGCAACUUAACGGAUUCCAGAACAGCCUUCGCAGUGCUGCAUCCUGUGAACCGGGGUCAAAUUCCACAGCUUCUGCUUGCAGAAAAGGACUAGCAUUGAACACCAGGUGAGGAAUCCAGAGUCUUGCUUCCAAGUAUGGGGCAGAGGAAAGAGGCAGCAGUGACUUCAGACCACCACACUCCUGUAACAUCCAGGGCAGGGUGAACAGGAGUCCCUGCUGAGAGGACAAGCUACAGAGGAGAGUACCUGAGCAUCUGUGGAAGCUGGAGAUGCAGCUGUAAGCUGAUGACUGCCUCUGAGAACUUCUGCUGAUGAGUCUGGGGGUCUCUUCCAAUUCUUCCUGAUCACUAACUGUGAGAUCUUUUUAUAACACAGAGGUUCUCCACCUGUCUGUAUUGUUUCUCCCAAGGUCCAAGUUUGAAUGUAAAGAUUCCCCAUUUGCGCAGCCAUUUCAGGCUGUCUUAGUCUGGUAGCAGCCAGUAUUCUUUGCUGCCAUCACAGCAACCAGCAGCAGGGAAAAAUCUUAGACCAUAUGAGUAGAAACAUCCUUACCGUUGCCAUCUUGAAUUUUGGCACAGAGCCAUGGAAAUGCUCAGUUUGAAUAAAGUAAUUUCAUUUGUU